GAACAUGCAGAAACACAUGGCCAAAUUGGCAAGGAUGCUUCCUGUCUGCAAAGCAUCAACCAAGAAGUUGUUUCUUCUUCCUACUUGUGUGUCUUUUAUUGCCAAUGAAAUUAGACUACAACAUAUAUAAGAGCUGAGAGUGCUGGGCCUUUGUCCUUCAUCUUCCUCCACUCAGAAAUAACUGAGUCCUCCCGCCAGCAGACUAAUCAGCUAAGAAGCUUCUCCAAGGAGACACCAAAGAUGAAACCACUUUAUUUAGUCUUGGGCCUUUGGAUUCUUGGAGGAUGUUUCCUGUCUGGUGAGUGUCACAGAGGCCCCAGAGGACGACAUGAUCCUAGAGGACCACCACCUCCUCCUCGCCGUCCCUUUGGUCCAGGAUUUGGUGGACCACCUCCUCCUCCCUUUGGUCCAGGAUUUGGUGGACCACCUCCUCCUCCCUUUGGUCCAGGAUUUGGUGGACCACCUCCUCCUCCCUUUGGUCCUGGAUUUGGUGGACCACCUCCUCCUCCCUUUGGUCCUGGAUUUGGUAGACCACCCCUUCCUCCUCCCUUUGGUCCAUAUCCACCUGCACAACCCAGACCUCCAACCAAUCCCCCUCUCACUCCACCUCCUCCCCCAAUACAAGCAAAUAUAACACCUAGUGCCAAUAUCUCCCUAACCACUGCUGCUGCCCCAAAUGCCACUGACGAUUUUCUGAGCUGGUGGCAAAGAUUAAUUUCUGCUUGGCAGCAAGGAUGAGACAGUCCAAAGCCCUGUGAGAAUUUGGGAUAAAUGAUCUUUAAAGGCUUAAGAAACAAUCCCUUCCCAAGCAUUAUACAAAAUGAAAAUAAAGAGCUGGGCAGCAUUACGAAGUA